UGGAGGAUCCCACACACCCUUCUCAUGGACUGUUUGUCCCACAGACUCAAAAACAUUUACUUUCCCCAGCAGUAAGGCCACUCAACUCCUCCACUACUUUAUUAUUUCCUGUCUGUCACUGUAUGUACAGUGUAGUGCCACUUUUAUAUCAAUCUAUGCACAGAAGCUAUCUUCUGCAUUUCUAUUUAUUAAAUAUGUUUAUUAUAUUGAAUAAUUAUAAACUAAAAAGUAAGAUAUUAUUAUUCUUUAUCUUUCGUGAUUUUGUGCUGCAUCGGAUCUGGAGUAACAAUUAUUUUGUUCUCCUUACACUCUGUACAGGAAAUGUCAUUAAAAAAUUGUCCACGUUAAUACAAUUGAAUGCUACGGAGCGCCUGCAGUACCGGAGGUCGCCACAUGGCGGGGCAAUAGACGCUACAAAGCUUGGAGUUGCCCCUACGGUGAGAGAGACGCUGCAGUCCCUGGAAAUGCCGUCGUGUCAAGAGCGGGAACUGCAGUCCCAGGUGCCACCGCCAGAGCGGGAGCAGGCGCUGCGUCCCUGGAAACGCCGCCGUGUCAGGAGCGAGCGGCGCUGCAGUUCCGGCAACCGUCGCCAGAGCAGGGACGGGCGCUACAGUCCCGGUCCUCCCGGCCCCGCUCCGGCGCAUACCGGCCCCUGCCGCUGAAAUGGCCGCUAAGAAGUCCGGAACGCGGCUGGAGAUCGAGAUUGAGCGCUGCCGCAACGAGUGCCUGUGGGAGAAGAUCCCAGAGCUCGUCAAGCAACUGUCAGCAAAACUCAUCGGCAACGAUGACCUGGCAGAGCUGUUACUGGGAGAAUCCAAGCUGGAGCAGUAUGUGAAAGAUAACCCAAUCAAGCCAGAGGCUGGUCCUCCAGAAGGCAAGUCAAAGCUGAUCGAAGUGAAGAAACAUCUCAUUGCAGCACUGGACAGAGGCAACUUGAAGCAAGAAUUUAUGCAGGAAGCCAACAUGCUUUUGGCCAAGUGUUAUUACGUUGAAGGUGACCACACAAGAGCUCUUGCUCUAUAUGACAAGAUAAUUCUGGACAAGAUGCAGCUGGUAGCAGUGCCUGUUUACAGACUUAGAAUCAUUGCCGAAUCCUAUGCUACAAAAGGACUGUGUCUAGAAAAAUUGCUUUCAUCAGGAUCAUCACAAAGUGAUCUUCAGCUUGAUCCCGAACAAGAAAUAAUUACAUGUUAUGAGAAAGCUGGUGACAUAGCGCUGCUUUAUUUACAAGAAAUCGAAAAGGUAUUGAACACUAACAUUCAGAACAGAAGUCCAAAGCCUGGUUCGGCAUUCCAAGAACAAGAACUGGGAUUUUUCCUCGAAACAGGACUUCAACGAGCGCACGUCAUUUAUUUUAAAAAUGGGAAGUUGACACGUGGAGUUACUCGGUUUCGAGAGAUUUUGAGAGCUGUGGAAACGAGAACGACGCAGAAUUUGCGGAUGACAAUUGCUAGGCAGCUGGCAGAGAUACUCUUGCGAGGGAUGUGUGAACAGAGUUACUGGAAUCCAUUGGAAGAUCCUCCUCAGCGUUCACUACUGGACGACUCCAUCUACACGGGCUCUUACACCAAAAACUAUGCACUGAGCAGAAGACCAAAAGUGUACACAGGCGACAGCAUUUUCUGUCCUCAAGAAAACACAGAAGAAGCUCUUUUGCUGUUGCUCAUUAGUGAAUCUAUGGCUAAUAGGGAUGCAGUGCUGAGCCGGAUCCCAGAACACAACAAUGAUCGAGUCAUCAGUUUACAGAGUGCCUCCAUUGUCUACGAUCUGCUCACCAUUGCACUGGGAAGGCGGGGACAGUAUGAAAUGUUGUCAGAGUGCUUGGAACGAGCAAUGAAGUUUACAUUUGAGGAGUUUCACCUUUGGUACCAGUUUGCAUUGUCCCUGAUGGCUGCUGGCAAGUCUGCACGGGCAGUGAGAGUACUGAGAGAAUGUAUAAGACUCAAACCAGAUGAUCCCACAAUCCCACUCCUUGCUACCAAAUUGUGCAUUGGAUCUCUUCACUGGUUGGGAGAAGCAAAGCAAUUUGCUGAAAUGGUGACUGAGAUCAAUGAAAAACCUGAGUUUCGAGCAAAAGGCUUCUUGGCUCUUGGCUUAACUUACAGUCUCCAGGCCACGGAUGCAACGUUGAAAGGAAUGCAAGAAGAUCUCCAGAAAAAGGCACUGCGAGCAUUUCAGAGGGCAUAUGGGUUGUCUCCAACUGAUCAUCUGGCUGCAUUCUACCUGGCUCUUCAACUUGCUAUAUCAAGGCAGAUCCCAGAAGCAUUGGGUUACGUCCGACAAGCCUUGCAGCUGCAGGGGGAUGAUGUGAAUUCUUUACAUUUAUUGGCAUUGCUGCUCUCAGCCCAGAAGCACUACCAUGAUGCUAUAAACAUCAUUGAUAUGGCACUGAGUGAAUACCCUGAACACUUUAUAUUACUGUUCACUAAAGUAAAGCUGGAAUCAGUGUGCAGGGGCCCUGAUGAAGCUCUGGUCACCUGUAAGCACAUGCUGCAGAUCUGGAAGUCAUGCUACAAGCUCACCAACCCCAGUGACUCCGGGAGAGGGAGCAGCCUUCUAGACAGAGUCAUAGCAGACAGACGAAACCUGAACACCAUCACUCUGCCUGAUUUCAGCGAUCCUGAGACAGGUUCAGUGCAUGCCACGUCGAUCGCAGCCUCAAGGGUGGAGCAAGCGUUGUCAGAGGUGGCCUCAUCCUUGCAAAGCAGCAUGCCCAAGCAGGGACCAAUGCACCCGUGGAUGACCCUGGCACAGAUCUGGUUGCAUGCAGCUGAAGUAUAUGUUGGAGUGGGAAAACCUGCUGAAGCCACAGCUUGCAUCCAGGAGGCAGCUAAUCUCUUCCCCACAUCACACAAUGUGCUGUUUAUGCGCGGUCAAGUGGCCGAACUCAGGGGGAAUAUCGACGAAGCCAAACGGUGUUAUGAAGAGGCUCUGUCCAUCAGUCCUACCCACGUCAAGACAAUGCAAAGACUGGGGUUUAUCCUACAACAGUUGGGCCGCUACAGUCUGGCCGAGAAGAUUCUUCGCGAUGCCGUGCAGGUCAACUCCACUGCACACGAGGUGUGGAACAACCUGGGUGAGGUCCUUCAAGCCCAGGGCAGUGACGACGCAGCCACCGAGUGCUUCCUCACCGCGCUGGAGCUGGAGGCUAGCAGUCCCAUCGUGCCUUUCACUGUCCUCCCCAGGGUGCUGUGAGGCUGGACGCCAAGUCUGAGUGUCCAGAAUGGCCCUGGCACAGUCAAUCUUCAGGUCAUUUGUGUCAUUAUAUUGGUGUGUUUUAUCCUAAAGAUCAACUUACUCAGCGUCUCCCCUCUCUCCCUUUUAAACAUUCAGCAUCUCUGUUUCUCAUAUCUAUGCUCCUUUUCCUCUAACCACCUGGGGUUCAUGGAAAAUCAAGGAUCCUGCUUUCCGGCACAUUGUUCCCAGAUCCAGUCGCUGGGAAAUCGCUGCGCUUAAAUUAAGAGCAGUUUUGACAAUUAAAGCUCCCCUGUGCCACCUUUUUCCAGUUCCCUCUGUGUUGUAGGUGAACCCACCCACCCACUCCCUCUUCACAAAUGGUUCGAUUGUUUCCAAAAGGUCUUCUGAGGUUUGUAUCCAUACCAUACAUCAAAAUGAUCCUUUAUAAAGAUAUAUAUGUAUUUAUGUACAGUAGUAUAUGUAUAUUCUAUUUGUAUAUUAGAUGUUUAUUCAUAAAGAAAUGGCCAGUGGCUGAUGAAACUGCAUAUUACUGAACUCUAUGUGUUGAGCUAGGCACCAUGUUGUGAACUGAUUUUCACUCCGUUGUAUCCAAAUGCUGUGUUUCCACCUUUGAACCCUGAACAAACUGUGGGACCAACUAGUGGAUAGCUACUAAUGAAUGAUGCAAUCGAGUUGCGAUAUUUAAAACCCGUUGCAGAUUGAUUGUCAAUUACCUCUCGUGCAAUUAACUGCCGAACUGGAAGACCAAUCCUUAGCUAAUUCAGCACUGUGGGUAUUUGAUGUGGUUCUGUCACUUGAAAUCUCUCCUUUAAUUAUGGCCGGGGUUAACUCCUAACAUUUAAAUCAUAAACAAUCUCACAGCCUUAGUGUCUUCAAGCUGGGACAGAGAAUGCACUGUAACUCGGUCACAGAGCACUAUUAGCAGCCUCAUUCCAGCAGGGUACACUGCUCACAAAAACAAAUCAGGUGACAGGUGAGAGGCAUCAGCAUCUUCUGAAUGUAGAUGAUGUCACUUAACUAAUUCCCAGGAUAGUGAGAGCUUAUGGUCAUUUCCUGGGAGCCUUCACAAUCCUAUAUUACUACAAUGACAACAUUUGCAACACACAUCACCAGGCCUGCAUGUCACUUUUCCCCUCCCCUUUCUCUUCUUUCCUCUUCUCACUUCCCUUCUCCAUUCAGCGGUGGUGAAUUAUGCAGCAAUAACCACAACCAACCGUACUGAAUGUUCUCCCUCAGUAACUGGGGAAAGGGCCAGGGGUUUCUAACCAUUUUAUUUGAUCUGAAGCAAACUGACUUCACCAACGCCAAGCAGAUCAGACCAACCGAGCGUCUGUAUGAGGUCAGUGCAGACUCCAGUCUUACAGACACUUCUUCCCUGGUAGUUAAGAGUCCAAGGUGAAGCAUCCUGCAGCAUGCUGGACACAAUCAGCCAUUAUUCAUGUCUGCAAACUGAGAGACCAGUCCUUAGCUAAUUCAGUACUGUGGAUAUUUGGAGUGGUACUAUUACCUGAAGUCUCUCCUUCCUAAUGUUCAAUCUCACGAUCUCACAGCCUUACUGUCCUCAAGCCAAGAUGAAGAAUAUUGCAGAAUACUACUAGCAGCCUCAUUCCAGUUCUGCUGUGUAUGUCUGCGCAGUUUCAGCACAGGCUGAGCUGAAAUUGGAAGGAGCCACAUGGAACCCACCUCCUGCUCUUUCCUGGCGACUUGCCCCAGAACCUCAGCAUCUCUUCAUAGUGUCAAGGAUAGAACCAGAGGAGAUCCUGAUCCACUUUACACUGCUGUCUUCCAGGGGCUGGUUUUGGCCACACUGUCUGUUGUGAUGUGCCAUGUGCCCUGGCAGGCUCACACUCCCACAGCUAUCCAAGUGUGGACUCUUCCCUCACUAGUCCCUGCCUCAUUCCCUGCAAACACUGCAGCAGAUCCUAAUGAAAGUUGAGACACAAUCCUGGUAUCACCAAGUAAUCUCAUCAGAUGGUAACACCCCCAACACCAAGGAACCCAUACCUACGAGAUCGAGAUAACCAGAGCACUGUUCCCAGAAACGCAGGGCAGCUGGACUGCCUGUCUCUUCCCACUGAGAUGGCUGUGCUGGGCAGGGAAGGGAGUUCAGCCCAGCGAGAAAACAAACAUCUCUGUGAGAGCUUCAUCAGUCAAGCAUCUCUUUCAUUGUACGGAUCAUUCCUUUGUGUAGAUGUACCCCUCACCUCGAACCUCAAGACUUCACACCUCACUGCAAAUUCAUCACCUCUUACCACAAACUAAUCUUGCUAAUCCCAAUCAAACCCCAGACCCCAAUCCCUAACCUAAUCCUUCAUCCUGAACUCCUCACCCCAUUCUCACCUCAAACCCCAAAACCCAUACCCCAAAGGUGUUCCUUCCACUUUCACCUUGGCUCUUGCUCACUCUUCAACCUGUGCCCUGCCCAGCCUGUGUUGUCCACCUCCUGCCGCUGCCCCACAUACCUGUUUCCACACUGCCCCAUCAGUAUCACAAGCCCUUGUCUGUGUCUCUGGCCCAGGUUUCAGCCUUUGCCCUUCCUCAAUGGGAGAGAUUAAAAAAUAUCAGUUCAAAAGAAAUAAUGUUUGAAAGACUGGAGCAUAAAGGGGUGAAGUAAAUUUAAAGAACAGAGCUCUUCUAUGUGUCCAAACACACAUACACCCCACAUGCAGUACACACACACACUUGCACACAUACUCUACAAACAUAAAAACAUAGACACUCACUUGCACACAUACAGACAUACUUAGACACACACAGAGCCUUGUUUGAAAUUCCCUUAGAAGGUAGCUUUUACUCUUUUUGGAUCAGCUAAUCAUGUCAUUGACCAAGAAUCUGAAAACUAGUCUGCCACCAAAUGUAAGGUGGUUGAUUUUUACAGGAAUCAAACUGGCAGGCCUUUCCAAUGCCAUUUCCUAAGCUGUGCUGAAGAAUGUGUGAUCAGUUUUCGGGCAUCGUUUACAAUGAAUCCUUCCAGAAACCCAACCUGGGCACAAUGUGAUUAUGCUCAGAGCUGGGGCCUUUGUGCAUCCCACUCGGUAUGAGGGCAACAGUCCGAAUAAGCAACAUUAAUUCGGGCAAAGUUCUCCAUGCACAGAGAUAGAUAACCCUUUGCAAUUGUAGACUCUGGCAUUAUAUAUUGAACUGUUCUUGCAGGGGAGGGAUGGAUCACUCUAACCAGAACUGGCAGCCAUUUCCUUAACAGGUAGACUCUACUGUCUGAUUAGGACACAGCUCAGGACAACCCUAACUUUCAUCCUUUGUCUGUGCUUUUUCAGGGACAGAGGUGCAAGGGAUUUAGGCAAAUAUAGUUACUCGUGAACCACCACCUCACCCCAUGAGACCUCCUCCUCUUCCUAACCCCAUGGAAACUUCUCCCAGCUUGCCAUUAAAUGCUGAUACAAUGUGUUCCAUGGUAAACAGCUUCCUUGAUGGUAGAAUGGUCAGUAUAGCACUAAUACACAGGGAAAAGUCACCUGUAUGGGAGUGACCAAGCUUGGUAACCCCUGUCCCCAACCAAAUCCAGCAACUCCAGCAGAAAGGGGAACAGGCAGAAGCAAAGACAUGAUUUACCAGUUGGGUUUAGGCAAGCAAGGAAAGUGUAUAACUGGAUCCUCCCUUAAAAGGGAGGCACAUCAAAAAUUAAAACUGCAAAAAAAAAAUCUGUCGUUGUUUCUAAUGUGUCUGUGCUAAUGGGUUCAUCUCAAAGUGACUUGGACCGUGCAUUGUAUCACUGCCCCAACUACAAGCGUCAUGUAUAUUUGUCACGGCUGGAGUCAGCCACUUUCAGAUCUGUGAUGUAAAAAGAUAUUGUUAAUUCGAUGACUCUAGUCUCACCAAGUGAUAGUUACCUCUUCCCACAGACUGAUAUUUAUUCAUAUUAAAUUUAUUUUCAGUGGA